AUGACUUUGGAGGAACUAAAACAACAGCGCACCAUUAUCAAGAAAAAUAUUUCUCGGAUAAAAACUGUAAUUGAUGCCAGUGUCAAGGGAGAAAAACCCCUAUCUUCUGCAGAUUUGAAGUGUCGUCUUGGAAUUCUGGAGUCAUACUUCAAACAAGUCUUAUCUAUUCAAAGUAAAAUUGAAAAUUUGGAUGCAGAAGAUAAUGGUCGUGCAGAUAUUGAAGACUCCUACUGCUACAUCAAUUCCCAAAUUCAACAACAACUUUCUGAAGAUGGACAUAAUACAACCUUUACCGACUCGUCAUUUGCUGUAUCUGUUCCCACAAACAAACUUCCUCGCUUAAAACUACCCACAUUUAAUGGUAAAUACAGUGACUACAAAAAUUUUAUUACAUCUUUCAAGCAAAUAAUCGAUCGUGAACAUGGUUUAUCAAACAUUGAGAAGUUCAAUCAUUUGUUAAAUUGUCUUCAAGGCCAUGCAUUAGAAACUGUAAAGGCAUUUCAAGUUACCAAUGAAAACUAUCCAAAGGCUUUAGAGAGACUGAAGGCUCGGUACGACAACAGUACCUUAAUAUUCCUGGAAAAUAUCACAUCACUUUUCGAUUUGCCUGAGGUUUCAAAAUCAAAUUCGGAUCAAUUAAGAAGCCUAGUAGAUAACGUGUCUGCAAUUUACAGUUCACUUCAGUCUCUUGGUUCACAAAAUGACAUCGUAAAUGCUAUGUUAAUACAUAUUGUAAUGGAAAAGGUUGAUGUGGACACCAAAAAGAAGUGGAAGGAUUCGUUGGACUUCAGUGAACUUCCUACAUGGGACAGUUGUUCCAAAAUUCUAGAGAGAAGAUGCCAAUAUUUAGAGUCUUUAGACAUCAAUGUAUCGCGUCGCCAGGAUCACAUUUCUAAGAAAUACAUUCCAAAACCAUACAAACAUGGACAUUCCUUUUCAUGCUCUAAACGAAGUUGUUCGUACUGCUCUCAAGCUGACCAUUCCAUUACACAAUGCCAACAAUUUAAAGAUUUGAAUGUUGGUGUUCGUUUUGAAAAUGUAAAGAAGCUUGGUCUUUGCAUUAAUUGCCUCGCCAAAGGUCACCAAGUCACAAACUGUCCAUCAACUUUCAAAUGCAGACAUUGUUAUCGAUCUCAUCAUACCAUGCUCCAUCGUUCUGAAAUGGCUCCAAGACAGUCAUCGACUGCACCAUCAACUUCUGCUGCUGUGGAUAAUGAUAUAGUUGCUACAGUGCACACACAUAUGGAUAACGCUUCGCAUCAGGUCCUCCUUGCUACGUCCAUGGUUCUUGUUCGCGACAAUUUUGGUACUUACAAAUUGGGAAGGGCUCUGUUAGACUCUUGCUCACAAAUAAAUUUUAUAACUGAUGAAUUCGCUCAGCGUCUAUCUUUGCCAAGAAAUAAAAAAUGUGUUGAAGUUUCUGGCAUUGGCAAUGCUAAUACAAGGGUUAAACAGAACUGUUUAACGAAUAUAAAAUCUCGGGUAACCGAUUUUGAAGCCCAACUUUCAUUUUGUAUUACACCACACAUUUCGUACCAACCUGAUUCGGAGCUUGAUGUUUCAUCUUGGAAUCUACCUUCCAAUACCCUCUUGGCUGAUGAAAAAUUUUACAAUUCAAAUAAAAUUGACUUGUUGAUUGGCACAGAAACGUUCUUCGAUAUACUGUCUGUUGGUCAAAUUAGACUUGGUCCAGAUCUUCCGAAGUUACAAAAGACAUUACUGGGUUGGAUAGUGACUGGGAGGUACAACUCAUCAAGACCUAACAGCAUCGGCAAAUCUUACCUAGUGUCAACUGAGGAAACAAUUAAUUUGAACUUGGAACGACUUUGGAAAAUCGAAGAACUGGAGAAAAAUAACAAAAAAAUGUCAUUGGAACAAAUUGAAUGUGAUAAAUUUUUUAUAAACAAUGUAACUCGUGAAUCAUGUGGUAGAAUUGUUGUUAAACUACCUUUCAAGGAAUCUCCUUCAUCCCUUGGACAAUCUCGCAAUACAGCUCUUCGACGCUUUUCUGCUCAAGAACGACGGCUAGCAAAUAACCCGGAGCUUAAAUCCGAGUAUGUAAGUUUUAUGAGAGAAUAUGAGAAUUUUGGGCAUAUGACUCUUGUUAAAAAUUUAAAAUUGGAUGAACCUCAUUACUAUAUUCCCCACCACUGUGUGCUCAAACCUAAUAGCACAUCAACAAAGCUUCGAGUGGUGUUUGAUGCCUCAUGUGCUACAUCUUCUGAGAAAUCACUCAACGAAAUUUUAAUGGUUGGUCCCACAAUACAAGAGGAGCUUUUCCUGCUGCUACUGCGCUUCCGACUUCAUCGUUUCGCUUUAACCGCAGACAUUGUAAAAAUGUACAGGCAAGUCUUGAUCAGCACAGAAGACCAACUAGAAUACGCUCUGUUAGCUGUAGUUUGGAACGUACAACAACAAUAUUUCAAAGAUGACAUAAAACGCGCAGUCAAGAAAAGGGAUCCACAGGGCCCACUUAAGGGCCUUAAUCCAUUUAUAGACGAUUCGAGUGGAAUUGCAAUUUUGAAAGUUGGUGGUCGUCUCGAACUUGCCCAUGUUCCUGAAACUCAAAAACACCCCAUGAUUAUGCCGAAGGAAAACAACUUUGUUAAAUGUUACAUUCAAUAUCUUCACAUUAAAAAUUACCAUGCCGGUCCGAAGGCAUUAGUCUCUCUUGUCAGAAUGCGUUUUUGGGUAAUAAAUUUACGAAAUCUUUGUCGUACUAUUGUGAAUCGCUGUCCACACUGCAUACGUUAUCGUCCAAAACUAUUACAACAAAUGAUGUCAAAUUUACCAGCUGAUCGUCUCAAUCCCUCUCGAGUUUUCGCCAGAUGUGCUGUAGAUUUCUGUGGUCCCAUAAACACGUAUUUAAGAAUCAGAGGAAAGGUGCCAUACAAAACGUAUGUAGCGGUGUUUGUCUGCCUAGCAACAAAGGCUGUUCAUAUCGAAGCUGUGUCGGAUUUAUCCACCGAUUCCUUUAUUGGCGCUCUAAAAAGGAUGAUAGGUAGAAGAGGUUUGCCAACAGAUAUUUUCUGCGACAAUGGCACAAACUUUGUGGGUGCGAACACAAAACUCAAAGAUUUGAAAAGGUUUUUGUUUGAUGAAGAUAACAAAAACCACAUAACUAAUUUCUGCGCCAAUGAGUUCAUAAAUUUCAAUUUUAUUCCUCCCAGAGCACCCCACUUUGGUGGUCUUUGGGAGGCAGCUGUUAAAUCUGCUAAGGGUCAUCUAACUCGUACAUUCACAAAUACUCGCUUGACCUACGAAGAACUCGCCACUGCCUUAACUGAGAUAGAAGCUAUUUUAAAUUCGAGACCUAUAUCGCCAAUGUCGUCGGAUCCGAGCGAUUUAGAGGCCCUCACACCAGGCCAUUUUAUUAUAGGUUGUUCGAUGCGAUCUCUUCCAGAGCUUGACCUCUCGUCCAAAAACGUAAAUAAUCUUGAUCACUGGGCCCAAAUUACUAAGAUAAAACAGCACUUUUGGAAGAAAUGGUCUCAUGAAUAUAUCAAUGAGCUUCAAGUGAGAAACAAGUGGACGUCUUCCAACCCAAAUGUUGCUGUGAAUACCUUAGUGCUGGUACACGAAGACAAUGUUCCUCCUCAGAAGUGGCUAAUGGGUAGAAUUAUUGAAACUAUAAGUGGAGGAGAUGGACGAAUACGAGUUGCCGAAGUAAAAACCAAGAAAGGAAUUAUUCGUCGACCUAUUCAUAAAUUAGCCAUGCUCUUAAAUUGA